CACAUCCAUGACAGAGAGCGUGUCCUCCACAAGUUGACCUCACAACCACCUACUUUUCAAUCCCCAAAUAUACAUUUCACCGACCCUCCCUCACAAACAGAACUUCAUUCAGAGUCAGAGCAGGAGGAAAGUUCCAGAGACCAAAAGAAAAAGAUAUAGACAAGACAGACCCACUUCCACUUCCAUUUCCAUUUCCAUUUCAAUGGCUUCGAUUCUAAGCACGGUAGGUGCCACGUUGUCUUACAACAAACCACCCACGGAGGGCCUCAAGCAAAGCACAAGAGGAGGGACCCACUUCAAAUCCUUGUCUUUCGGUGGUGUCAAUGUGAAGCCUAGGCGCGUGGCGGUGGUGGUGAGAGCGGAGAGUCAGGGUAUAAACCCAGAGAUAAGGAAGAGCGAAGACAAAGUGGUGGACGCUGUUGUGGUCACUGAGCUCUCUAAGCCACUCACUGCUUAUUGCAGGUGUUGGAGGUCAGGGACUUUCCCUUUGUGUGAUGGAAGCCAUGUCAAGCACAACAAAGCUACUGGGGACAAUGUUGGACCACUGCUCUUGAAGAAGCAGUAAAAGUAAUCAUGAUGCCUUUUAUCUUUGUAGAUUAUCUGUCAUGUUGAACUUGAAAGUUGAAAAUUAUAAACAGGCGUCUGAUAAAUGGUUUUUAUCAUACUUUAUUGA